AUGCUGAUCGUACAAGACCUCAAGACCCAUUCCAAAACUUGGCUUAGCACCCGCUCGGGCAAGAAUCCCUCUGUUCGACCCGGCGUCGUCGUCAUGAAGUUCGGAGAGCAGCUUCGCUCCAGCGUUAUCCACGAGUAUCAGUGGUAUUAUAUCGAUUACGAUGGUCUAAAGGAUGAGCUCAAGAAGGCGACCGGCCCUAUCAAGACCUUAGGAAAGGGACCUGAAUGGACCGAAGAUGACGAGACACGCUUCGUCGCCAAGCUCGAGGUCGAGCUGGAGAAGGUUCACACAAAACAGAAGGUGAAGGCUAUGGAGAUUUCCCGUCGCAUUGCUGUGAGCGAGCGCGAAGUUAAAGAAGUGGUUAACCGCCUUAACGAGCGCGGUCUCGGCGAGAAUGGCCCUACCGAGGAAGAAUUUAUGCUGCUUGAGGAGGAUCUCAGCGAUAUUAUUGCUGAUGUCCACGACCUCGCCAAGUUCGUUCAGCUUAACUAUACCGGAUUUUACAAGAUUAUUAAGAAGCACGAUAAAAUGACCGGAUGGCACCUCAAGCCCGUAUUCGAUAGCCGACUCAAAGCCAAACCUUUCUACAAGGAAAACUACGACGCGUCAGUUAUUGAGCUGUCCAAGCUUUACGAUCUCGUCCGAACUCGUGGAAAUCCUGUCAAGGGUGACAGUGCUGCUGGUGGAGGCCAGGCCAGUUUCAUCCGGCAAACGACCAAAUAUUGGGUCCACCCCGAUAAUGUGACAGAACUGAAGCUUAUCAUUCUGAAGCACUUGCCCGUUCUGGUCUUCAAUGCCAACAAGGAUUUCGACCCAGAGGAUUCAGCCAUCACAUCGAUCUACUACGAUAACCCUGAGAAAUGGGACUUGUACGAGGGCCGACUGAAGAAGACCGAAGGUGCCGAGGCUAUUAGAUUACGAUGGUACGGAGGCAUGAAGACUGAGACGAUUUUCGUUGAGCGCAAAACACAUCGUGAGGACUGGACUGGCGAGAAGUCUGUGAAGGCUCGAUUUGCCACGAAGGAGAAGAAUAUCAACGCAUACAUGAAGGGAGAACUUCUGCCCGCUGCGAUGUUCGAGAAGGCACGAAAGGAGGGCAAGAAGCCUGAGAAGGCCAUUGCUGAGGACGAGCGAUUGGCAUCCGAGAUUCAGUACUCGGUGCUGAAGAAGGGUUACAAGCCCGUGUGCCGAUCCUUCUAUAACCGUACCGCAUUCCAGCUUCCUGCCGAUGCCCGAGUGCGAAUUUCACUCGACACUGAGCUCACCAUGGUGAGAGAAGACAACCUGGAUGGCCGUGCUCGCUCUGGAGACAACUGGAGACGUAUGGACAUCGGUAUCGAUUACCCCUUCUCGCAACUGCCUGCUGAAGACGUUGAGCGAUUUCCCUACGCCAUUCUGGAGGUUAAGCUCCAGACUCAAGCCGGACAGGAGCCCCCCGAGUGGGUUCGACAGUUGAUCUCAUCUCACCUGGUUGAGGCUGUGCCUAAGUUCUCCAAGUUCAUCCAUGGUACGGCGACUUUGUUUCCCGAUAAGAUCGACUUGCUGCCUUUCUGGAUGCCGCAAAUGGAUGUCGAUAUCCGCAAGCCUGUUACUCACGACUUCGGUAUUCGACGACCUGGCUUGUCAGGAACAACAAACACAUCUGAUGACGAGGAUGAUUUGGACUCUGAUGACGAGGAAGCUGCGCCUUCUGGUCGCAAUGGUACUAAUGGUACCAAUGGAGAAUCGAGCGCGCAAGGCGCCAGCCGUCGUCGAGGACUCCCUGCUACUGAUGUUGAGGGCCAAAUAACAGACCUGCCUGAAGUGAACGAGGAUUGUCUUUACGAUUCCGAUGACGAGUACGACGAGAACUAUGAACUGGAGCUCGCCAGACGAGAAGGUGGAUGGCGGUACUAUUCAACUCUGUUUUCCACCAAAGGCCGACGCUUUGGACAAGCCUUGGGGCAGCAUGCGGUUUCUGCUUUGAAGGCAGCCGCCCCUGUACCUCGCAGUACACAAGUGCCGCGUAGCGACCGAUUGCAAGCUUUGUUUGGACAAGCCCCUAUUCAGACCAAAAAGUUCAAGGCACCUCCUGGCAAGAAGAUCUAUGUACCUGUACGAGUCGAACCCAAGGUCUAUUUUGCGGCGGAGAGAACGUUUUUGGGAUGGCUCGAAUUCUCUAUCUAUAUCGGCACCAUUGCUGUAACACUACUCAACUUCGGCAGCCAUCCUACACCAGCCCACUUCUGGGUAGCGGGCGCCUUUACACUGCUCGCCAUUCUUAGUCUCUGCUAUUCUGUUUUCACAUACCUCUACCGAAGCCAAGGUAUUCGAUCUCGCAAGGUUGUCAAGUUUUACGACCGCUGGGGUCCCACUGCACUGUGCGUGUCUCUCUUCAUUGGAGUGGCUCUCAACUUCGCAUUCGAGGGUAGAGAGAGAGAUCUCUGGUAG